AUGGCGACCAUGUCCUCGAACACGAUCGUGCCCAAGUCCCACGUGGGCUUUGACAGCAUCACGUCUCAGAUCGAGAAGAAGCUGCUGAAGCGCGGCUUCCAGUUCAAUGUCAUCUGCGUCGGCCAGACGGGACUGGGCAAGUCGACGCUGAUAAACACCAUCUUCGCUUCGCACCUGAUGGACUCGAAGGGUCGUUUUCAACCUGAUGAACCCAGUCGCUCCACCACCGAGAUUCAAGCCGUGUCCCAUAUCAUCGAGGAGAACGGCGUCCGACUGCGACUGAACAUUGUCGACACCCCCGGCUACGGUGACCUUGUUAACAACGACCGGUGCUGGGACCCCAUCGUCAAGUACAUCAAGGAUCAGCACUCUGCCUACCUGCGAAAGGAGCUCACGGCCCAGCGUGAGCGAUACAUCCAGGACACGCGCAUCCACUGCUGCCUCUUCUUCAUCCAGCCCUCGGGCCAUUCCCUGAAGCCCAUUGAUAUCGUUGUUCUGAAGAAGCUCUCGGACGUCGUCAACGUCGUUCCCGUCAUCGCCAAGGCCGACACGCUCACGGUCGACGAGCGCCUCGCCUUCAAGCAGCGCAUCAAGGAGGAGUUCUCCUUCCACAACCUCAAGAUGUUCCCUUAUGACAAUGAGGAAUUCGACGAAGAGGAGCGCGCCAUGAACGGCCAGAUCAAGAGUCUCGUUCCCUUUGCCGUUGUGGGGUCGGAAAAGUCCAUCAUCGUCAACGGCAAGCAGGUUCGCGGACGCCAGAACCGAUGGGGCGUCAUCAACGUCGAGGAUGAGACGCACUGCGAAUUCGUCUACCUCCGCAACUUCCUGCUCCGAACCCACCUCCAGGAUCUCAUCGAGACGACGUCGCAGACGCACUACGAAACCUUCCGCGCCAAACAGCUUCUUGCCCUCAAGGAGAGCAGCGCGCAUGCUGGUAGCGCUAGCAGCCGACCCAUCAGCCCCGCCGCUGACCGGGAAAUGAGCCGCGGCUCGCAACGAAUGGCCAUGAACGGGUACUAG